AUGUCAUUGACAGACUGCUGCAGCACAGGUUUUAAACACGAGGGAACCCCAGACGGAACUAUCUCCACCAUCGGUGGACUUGAGACAUACUCGGUUGGCGCCGAGUACGGCUGGGAAAAGAUCGUGGUAAUCUUUACCGAUAUCUUUGGCCACAAAUUUCUCAACAACCAGCUUCUCGCUGACCAAUUGUCCAAGAGUGGAAAGUUUCAGGUGUUAAUUCCUGACAUUUUGGAGGGUGAUCCCAUUGCAGACUUUGGAAGCUUUGAUGCAAAGACAUGGAUUCCUAAACACAACCAUGAUAGAAUUAAGGGAAUUGUCGACCCAUUUUUGAAGCAGAUUGUGGAAAAGGAGCAGCCCAAGGCCAUUUAUGGAAUUGCUCAUUGCUUUGGUGCUCCACAGGUUUUUAGGCAAUUGACCAAAGAUGGCUAUUUGACUCGCGGAGCUGUAGCCCAUCCAUCUAUGGUCACCAAGGAAGACUUGGAAAAGGUGGAAAAGCCACUUUUGAUCUCUACUGGUCCGGAUGACGCAGCAUUUGGACGUGAGCUUCGCAACCAGACAAUUGACAUUUUGACGGAAAAGGACGUGAUUUUCCAAAUGGACAUCUUUUCUGGAGCUGAUCAUGGCUAUCAAGUCCGUGGAGAUAUCACUGUGCCUCGGAUCAAAUAUGCCAAGGAAAAGACGACCUACGACCAGGUGGCAUUUUUCAGCCGUUUAUAG